GAAUAAAGAAAUCAUGGAUAAAUCCAAGCGACUCUUUCUUAAAUCCAAGCGAUCUUUUCGUAGGCGUUUGCCCCCGAUCCAAUCGGGGGAUCGAAUUGAUUAUAGAAACAUGAGUUUAAUUAGUCGAUUUAUUAGUGAACAAGGAAAAAUAUUAUCUAGGCGAGUAAAUAGAUUGACCUUAAAACAACAACGAUUAAUUACUAUUGCUAUAAAACAAGCUCGUAUUUUAUCUUCGUUACCCUUUCUUAAUAAUGAGAAACAGUUUGAAAGAAGCGAGUCGACCACUAGAACUACUGCUCUUAGAACCAGAAAUAAAUAGGCUUACCCCUUCAAAAGAAUCGAAUCCGGUUGGGGAAGAAAAAAAAUAUUUUUUUUAUUGAGCGUCUUCGCUCAUCUUGUUUUGAUGACCUUAUCAGAAUCAGAAUUUUUUAUCAUAUUAAUUUCUACUCUACCUUCCCCGAGUUCAUUCUCGAGGGAACCCCAUUUCAUUUAAAGCAUUUCGUUGGAUUCCUUCCGAUCUCCUUAUUUUCUAAUCUCGUUGGAAAUCAUAUAAAGACAAUUCCUAUUUGAGAUAGCUAUUUGUGCAAGUAUUUUACGAUUCAGAAGCAACUGUUUCUUGUACAGAUUGUGUAUUAAUCGACUAUAACUAUAGGAUACCCCAACCCCACGAAUUACUGCAUUUAUUCGAGUGAUCCACAAACGACGAAAAUCCCUUUUUUUCCUAUCUCUAUCCCGAUGAGCCGAAACCAAAGCUCUUAUUCUUUGUUGAGUAAUAGUUCGAGUAAGUCUUGAAUGAGCCCCCCGAAAGCUUGAUGCAAAUAAACUAAUUUUUUUUCGACGUCUACGAGCUAUAUAUCCCCGUUUAAUUCUGGUCAUUGAAUAAAAGAAAUUUUGAUGAAUAACUAAUUCUUUCUUUCAGUUAUUCUUUUCUAGUCUAUUAAUAACAAAACGGAUUCUUCCAAUGUAUAAAAUAAAAAUUCCAAUGGCUUUUGCUACUCUAACCGUCCCGACCACGAUUUUUCCUUUUUUCUAGGCAUUUCAUUUCGCCUUGAAAUAAGAAAUUGUAUUGAUACUAGGUAUCAAAAAAAGCAUAUUAACUAAAAUAAAGGAGUAAAUAGAAAUGGAUAAAUAAAUAGUGGGUUCCAUCGUUUCUAUGGUUACUUCUUAAACGGUGAGGUCCUCUCUAUACACCGGAGCUCAUUCCUUCAUUUAAUUGGUAACUUGUACAGUUCACACUCUUCGGCUCUACUCAUAAAUUUUCCAGUAAUAGAUCUUUCACAACGAGAUCUAUCUUAUACAGUAACGGUAUGUAAGGAUGAGGAUUAAUUGGGCAGCUGACCCUGUUAGUCCGUUCUUUGCAAGAGUCGAAGCAUAAUCUUUUUGCUUUUUAAAUAGGAUUUUCCCCGCUUAAUGGAUAAGCAUUUGCUACCAAUGGGGAAUUUUUUCUCAUCUUAAAUUCUAAGAUUGGAUUUGCGCCAAUGGAAACCAUAAAUUUCAUACACAAUAGAAGGAUAUGGUAGAUCUAGCUUUUUUAGAUAGUGAACGGACGAACCCCAUUCUAUUCACUGGUACGGAUCGUUGAUACUGAAAAAGUUGUUUCUUUUUUCUCAGCCCAUGAUCUGAACAAGUCGCACAUACACCCUAGUACAUGUUCCUCGGCGCUGAGGACAUCCCCCAAGAGCAGGGGAUUUCGUGACAUUUCUAAUUGGCUGUCUUGCAUUUCUAAUAAGUUGUUUAAUAGUUGGCAUACUGAAUUAUAUACAUAAUAGACUGGUUUAGAUCGAUCCUAACCAGAUGAUUCUGAAUUACUUCUUUUUCUAUUUAAUAGAUUAAUAAAAUAUUAACCCCUUAGGCUUUAGGCUUAAGUUAAGAAGGAAAGGAAGAAGAGGGAUUAAAUCAAUCUUAAUUAAAUUGUGGAUUGGUGUUAAAUCGUUGCUAUUGCUAUUUGUUAUUUAACUUAUUUAACCGCUACAAGAUCCACAAUUCCAUGAGCUUGGGCUUCUGUUGCUGACAUAAAAACAUCUCUUUCCAUGUCUUCGGAUACAACCCAUAGGGGCUUGCCCGUUCUUUGUACAUAAACCCUUGUGAGGCUUUCGCGAAGUUUCAGUAGUUCUUCCGCUUCCAGGAUAAAUUCUCCUGUUUGUGCCUCAUAAAAAGAACUAGCAGGUUGAUGGAUCAUUACCCUGAUGAUAUAACAUAAUAAAAGGUUCUUCUAACUCACAUAAUGAGGCGAGAAGAAUAGCUAAAAAUAGCUAAAGAAUAAUAAGAAAAAAAGAUAGAAUUGAACAACCGUACAGGCAUUUUUUGUGCAUUGCAUACGGCUUUACAAUGGAAUUCUCUUUUUUCUUUCAUCGAAAAAAGAAAAAGAGAAAAUAGAGAGAGCGUCUAUUAGACCCAGAUCACUAAAUAAUCCAAUUACCACCCUUCUUUUUUUUUUCGGAAAAGUUCAAAAAUACUAUGAUGGCUCCGUUGCUUUAUAUAUUUAUUUCGUCUGUGAUUCAGCAAUCCCAAAGUUUCUUUUUUUUUUCAAAAAAAAGAAAGAAAAAAAUAGUCUUUUUUUUUCGUACUCUUUUAUUUUAUAACAUAAAUAUUGUUAUAAAUAUUGUUAAUAGCCUCUGGUGUGAAAAGAAAAAAAGUUUGUGACGCUGAGAUGGGCCCACGAAAGCUAAGAUAAAAUUGGAAAUGCCCUUUCUCUCAUACUACUCUUUCGAUACAUAAUCUAAUGUUUUGAAAAAAAAAAGAAAUCAAAAAAAAUAUCAUAUCGAAUUCGAAGUGCCAUGCUAUUAUUACUUACUAAUUCAUAUUUCAUAUGGCGAAGGCAUAGUCUUCUUUUUUCUUUCCAUCAAAUAAAAAAAACUCAUUGGCGCCGAGCGUGAGGGAAUGCUAGACGUUUGGUAAUUUCUCCUCCGGCCAGGAGAAAAGAUCCCAUUGAAGCAGCCAAUCCCAUGCAUAUUGUAUGCACAUCUGGUUGCACAAAUUGCAUAGUAUCAUAAAUAGCUACUCCGGGUAUUACCCAUCCGCCAGGAGAGUUUAUAAACAAAUACAGAUCUUUGGUAUCAUUCUCUAUACUGAGAUAUACCAUAAGACCAAUAAGUUGAUUCGAGAUCUCGCUAUCAACCUCUUGGCCUAAAAAAAGUAAUCUUUCUCGAUAAAGUCGGUUGAUUAGGAUAAAAUUGUAUCCCUUAGUAGCCGUACAGGCACCUUUUGAUGCAUACGGUUCAACAAAAAUUGCGAAAAAAAAAUCAAUGUGUAGAUUCCAGCCAUCCUUCGUUUUUUCUAGUGUGCCUUUUCUAACUUCUAAUUUCUAACGAAGGGGCUUUUUCUUACAUUUUUUAAAUAAAAUGAAAUUAAAGAAAGAUAAGUUUUGGCCCGUUUUCCUAUAAUCUAUAAUAUAGAAAAAUUCGCUAAACUUAUCGCACAAACUUUUCAUUGAUCUAUUUUUUUUUCAUUGGGAUUCAAUCCAAAUCACGAUGUCAUUUUCUUGUUCCUGAAUGGGUUUCAUCAAUUUUUUAUUCAAUUUUUUUAGGUUUAUGCUCUACUCCGAGUAAAGAUCCGCCCGAUUUUGAUUUGCGCAUAUAGGACAAAUGACCCAAUACCACAUCUUUUUGCUAUGAUUUCAUUUCCUUUUUUAUUUUAAUUCCUUUUUCUUUCAUGUUUUCCGCCAAAUAUUCAACGUAUUUCUCAUAUUAUUCGAUUGAUUAAUAGUUUGAAAUCGUUCUUAUUUCUAUUUCGAAUUUGUAAAUAAAAAAGAUUUAUGAUUAUGAUAUAGGUGGUAAUCAUAAAUGUAUUACCAAUUGGGUUUUUUCUAAACGGAGCCUGGAUGCUUCAUUUUUUCGGUCCAACCAAGCCAACCAUAAAUCAUUCUAAUUGAAAAUAUUAAUCUGGAUACCCCCCCAAAAAAAUGAAAUGGAUCUCUAAUUGCACUUCAUUACACUUCACGCUACAAAUUUUGAUAAUUCAAUCAAUCUUUUUUGGGCGAAACAGAGGAUAUCUCGAUCGGGCGAGAGAACGGGGGAAUCCCAUAUGACCCAAUAUAUUUGACAAGUCGCACUAUACGUCAACCCAAACUGCAUCUUCCUCUCCCGGAUUUCGAAAAGGAACUUUUGGAACACCAAUAGGCAUUAAAGGAAAGAAAAAGAAUUAAAUACUAUAUUUCACUUUGAUCUGGAAGCGUAAUAAUGGUCUUAAUAAUAUUGGCCUCAUAUUUUAUACAUAGAUAGAAUAAGGCCAUAAAAUAUAAAAUAAAGAAAGACAGAAUGAAUGAAAGAGAAUUCUUACCAAUAGGUCCUUUGAAUGAUGAACAAAUAGGGAUACGUUCAUUCAUAAAAAAUAGGAUCAACCCCCAUUGCGUAUUGAUACUUAUCGGGUAUAGAAUAGAUCUGCUUCUCUUUUUUCUUCUGAGCCGAAUUCUUCCCUUAAUUACUAAUGGAAUAGAACAAAUAUUAAUCCUUUCUCCGAAAGAAUCCACCCAAAAGGGGAGGUAUUCCAAUGCAAUAAAGUUACAUAGUGUCUAUUUUUCGUUGAUAAAGGGGUAUUUCCAUGGGUUUGCCUUGGUAUCGUGUUCAUACUGUCGUAUUGAAUGAUCCCGGUCGCUUGCUUUCUGUUCAUAUAAUGCAUACGGCUCUGGUUGCUGGUUGGGCCGGUUCAAUGGCUCUAUAUGAAUUAGCCGUUUUUGAUCCCUCCGAUCCCGUUCUUGAUCCAAUGUGGAGACAAGGUAUGUUCGUUAUACCCUUCAUGACUCGUUUAGGAAUAACCAAUUCAUGGGGCGGUUGGAGUAUUACAGGGGGGACUAUAACAAAUCCGGGUAUUUGGAGUUACGAAGGUGUGGCCGGAGCACAUAUUGUGUUUUCUGGCUUGUGCUUCUUGGCAGCUAUCUGGCAUUGGGUAUAUUGGGAUCUAGAAAUUUUUUGUGAUGAGCGCACAGGAAAACCUUCUUUGGAUUUGCCCAAGAUUUUUGGAAUUCAUUUAUUUCUCUCAGGAGUGGCUUGCUUUGGCUUUGGCGCAUUUCAUGUAACAGGAUUGUAUGGUCCUGGAAUAUGGGUGUCGGACCCUUAUGGACUAACUGGCAAGGUCCAACCUGUAAAUCCGGCGUGGGGCGUGGAAGGUUUUGAUCCUUUUGUUCCGGGAGGAAUAGCCUCUCAUCAUAUUGCAGCAGGGACAUUGGGCAUAUUAGCGGGCUUAUUCCAUCUUAGUGUCCGCCCGCCCCAACGUUUAUACAAAGGAUUACGUAUGGGAAAUAUUGAAACCGUCCUUUCCAGUAGUAUAGCUGCUGUCUUUUUUGCAGCUUUUGUUGUUGCCGGAACUAUGUGGUAUGGUUCAGCAACUACCCCCAUCGAAUUAUUUGGUCCUACUCGUUAUCAAUGGGAUCAAGGAUACUUCCAGCAAGAAAUAUAUCGAAGGGUUAGUGCUGGGUUAGCCGAAAAUCAAAGUUUAUCAGAAGCUUGGUCUAAAAUUCCUGAAAAAUUAGCUUUUUAUGAUUACAUUGGCAAUAAUCCGGCAAAAGGAGGAUUAUUCAGAGCGGGUUCAAUGGACAACGGGGAUGGAAUAGCCGUUGGGUGGUUAGGGCACCCUAUCUUUAGAGAUAAAGACGGGCGUGAACUUUUUGUACGUCGUAUGCCUACUUUUUUUGAAACAUUUCCGGUUGUUUUGGUAGACGGAGACGGAAUUGUUAGAGCGGAUGUCCCUUUUAGAAGGGCAGAAUCAAAGUAUAGUGUCGAACAAGUAGGUGUAACUGUUGAGUUCUAUGGCGGCGAACUCAAUGGAGUGAGUUAUAGUGAUCCUGCUACUGUGAAAAAAUAUGCUAGACGUGCUCAAUUGGGUGAAAUUUUUGAAUUAGAUCGUGCUACUUUGAAAUCCGAUGGUGUUUUUCGUAGCAGUCCGAGGGGUUGGUUUACUUUUGGGCAUGCUUCGUUUGCCUUGCUUUUCUUCUUCGGACACAUUUGGCAUGGUGCUAGAACCCUGUUCAGAGAUGUUUUUGCCGGUAUUGAUCCAGAUUUGGAUGCUCAAGUGGAAUUUGGAGCAUUCCAAAAACUUGGAGAUCCAACUACAAGAAGACAAGUAGUCUGAUGCAAGAUUGCUUUGUUAUUUUUUGCUUCUACUUCUAUUUGUGAUUUGCCAUAGGCUGCUGGAAAAAUCUUGAUUUAAAUCGCUGCCUUUUCUUUGAUUCUUGUUCUUUCUUUAUUCGGGAGAUGAUUCCAAAUAAACAGGUACGGAAGCUAUAAUUGUAAACCACGAUCGAAUUUAUGGAAGCAUUGGUUUAUACAUUCCUCUUAGUAUCUACUCUAGGGAUAAUUUUUUUCGCUAUCUUUUUUCGAGAACCGCCUAAAAUUCUAACUAAAAAAAUGAAAUGAUUUUUCAUUAUCUCAAUUGAAGUAAUGAGCCUCCCAAUAUUGGGAGGCUCAUUACUUCAAUUAGUCCCCGUGUUCCUCGAAUGGAUCUCUUAAUUGUUGAGAGGGUUGCCCAAAAGCAGUAUAUAAGGCGUACCCAGUAAAACUUACAAGUAAACCAGAUAUAGAGAUGGCGACUAAGGUUGCUGUUUCCAUUAUUAUAUAAUUUCAAGAUCACAAUGGGUCUAUGAUAAGAUUGUUUAUUUACAGCGGAAUGAUAUACAAAGUCAACAGAUCUCACUGAAUACAAAAUAAGAUUUAUGGCUACACAAACCGUUGAGGGUAGUUCUAGAUCUGGUCCAAGACGAACUGUUGUAGGGGAUUUUUUGAAACCAUUGAAUUCGGAAUAUGGUAAGGUAGCCCCUGGAUGGGGAACGACUCCUUUGAUGGGUGUCGCAAUGGCUUUAUUUGCGAUAUUCUUAUCUAUUAUUUUGGAGAUUUAUAAUUCUUCCGUUUUACUGGAUGGAAUUUCAAUGAAUUAGAUUCACAAGAAUCACGAAGCCUCGCGUUUCAAUACAAAAAUUGAAACUUUUAGUUCUCGGAUUUUUUAGCCCCAUUCUAUUUCGGUAGUUCGACCGCGAAAUUUAUUUGUUUCUGUAUUUCCGGAAUAUGAGUGUGUGACUUGUUAUAAUUGAUCCUAUUGAUAGUACAGAAAAUGGGUCUGUCAUCUUGAUCGAGAUAGUUUUAUCCCGUCGGAUAGUCAUUCUAGUAUCUGGAGCACGGAAUAUAUGAAAUGGAUCACAAAGUAUUUGAACUAUGAUUCAUACUUAAUAUUCAAACCUCGCGGCCGGACUCAAAAAAAAAAUUCAAAGAAAGAGUUAUAUUAUUUAUAAAUCGAAAGAUUUUUUAUUCUUUCAAACUCUCAUUUAGUUUAUGCUUAUUUUGAUCAAAGGACAAACCUUUCUUUUCUUUGUAUUUUUAUUUAUUAUAUCUAUUCUAUUGAUUGAAUAAGUGAUGAUCCAAUGGUUCUUACUCAAAGAAUCUUUGGACUUAGUUUGAAGGUUUUAUUGAAUCAUCGCGGUUCUGGUAUGAAUCUGAAGUUUCAAUUGAUUCAUAGGGUCUUAACAAGAGAAUUCCUAUCAAAAAGAAAGAAAACAAGAAUAAAGCCACAUUUCAUACAAAGAACAAAUCAAAGCAAAGAAAAA